CCUUAAGGUUAAAGCCUAUAGAUCCAGGAACUACCAGCAAGCCUUUAAUGGAAGCUGUGGCCUUUAAAGUAAAAAUGUCUGGGCAACUGGGUCCCGACAUUUUGUGGAGUAAAAAGAUAAAAGUUAAAAUAAAAUAAAAUGAGUGAGAAUACAGCAGGAUCUGAAAUUUUUCCUCAUGUUGUAAACACACCUGACUCUGACAAUCUCUUGCUGCAUUUUGUCGGAGAACGCAAAUAUCCGCAAAUGUAUUUUUCCCGAACUUUUACGGAACUGCUCAGCUCCUGCCAGCCCUCUAGGUAAAAUUGCACUUUUCUUUACUCAGACUCCAAAACAUCAUUCACUGGUUAAUAAGACCAACAAAGGCUAUGAAGCCCGGGUGAAUGAGGAAAAAAGUCCAUGCACGAGAAGGCAACCCUGGGUAAAAUGUGAGGGAACAUGAACACGAGUGCAGCACUAGACUUGAACUGACUAUAUAAGGUGUUCACAGGAAUCGUGACAGGAACCAGGGGACUACAUAAACUGGCAGUAAACAUGAACUGCAAUGACAGGAAGUACAAGUAUGACAACACAAUAAAACAGGAAAUACAGAAUUUAUGACAUUUACCAAUACGUAACCGUUACUACUUUGCCUUCACUGAAUUACUGAGUAUUUCCUUGUUUGCUGUGAGGUUUACUGGCACAGGUCAUGUAGCUGUCAGAAAGUAGCAUCAGCCUGAAAACUGAAUCACUGCUGGACAUGGAACAAUUUAUCCACCGCUGAAUAACAACUAAAGGCAAAAAUGGAGGAGAGCGUCGACGUCAAGUCUCUGAGGGCACGAUUUAACAACCAGACGCUGGAGAACAGCAGCCGAGACAGCGGCUCCCCAAAGUCUCCACAACCCAGGUUUGGGACAGCGAUCCCCCCUGGAACAGAGAACAACAUGGCCCACCACAGACUGUCUCCCGUUGUUCCCCCUCCUUUGACUGCCGCAGGCCUGGUGAGAUUUCCAAGGCCAGAGAUAAUGGCGUCCUCCCUCCCCAUCAGAAGUCCUUCCUUCCCUCGUCCGCCUCCCAGUUCUGGAGUGAGAGCAUCCAUCCAGCCGUCAGACACUAGCAAGGUCAAACAGAAGGGGGAGAUGCUCCAGAACAUGAUGCUGAGCCACCAGAGGCCACCAGGCCCCAAACCAGCCCUGACUCCGGCUCCGGUUCCUGCCGAGGUCCCUGCACCAGCUCCCCCCUCCGCCCCUCUACUGCUGCGACAGCAGCCCAGACAGAGGAGCGCAGGUGAAGUGAUCCCGCUGAGGAAGCCCCUGCCCCCUGAACGGCCGCUACCCUUGAAGCCAAAACGGCCUCCAAAUGUCGACCUGGAGCCAUUUAAGAGGUUUAAUCGAGGACCUGCCCUUCCUGCCCCGAGGAACAGUGAAUCAGGUUACCAAGGUUCAGCCGGCAGAAAAAUGUCUCUACCAGCAGUCAUGAAUCUUCCAAAACAGCCAGAAAGAUCCAACAAGCCGAGCAGGCUCACACACCAGAUCGCCUCUCUAGACAUUAAUGACAAAAAGGAAACGUAUGAUGACAUCGCAAGUAUUAAGAAGAACGAGUCCUGGAGUGACAACAAUUCAUUUUGUGUGGACAAGGAUGAUGAUGAUGAUGUAUAUGAGUUUAUUGAUGACGACGAGGUGGGGGUGAACCAGGUAAAUACUAUGACGGCAAACAAGAAAGAAGCUAAGAAGCAACGGGAACAGGAGAAGAAAGACCAGAUGGAGCGUCAGAAAAAGGAGAAUGAGCUGAGGAAGAACUUUCAGCUGCAAGGGGAGGUGGAGGUCCUUCAUACAGCCAAAGUCCGACAUGAUUGGCAUGGAGGAGGAAAACUGGAACUCGCUGUGCGACAGGGCGAGAGUGUGGAAAUCCUACGAGUGAAGAAUAAUCCACUAGGCAAAUGGUUGGCUCGGUCGCUGAACGGAAACUAUGGAUAUAUCAGCAACACGUGUGUGGACAUUGACUAUGAAGCAGUGAAGCGCAAAGUGCUUCAGUUAAAAAAAAUAGAGACAUCACCUUUACCUCCACCACCUCCUGACCCCCCGCAGCUGUUACAUUUGGACUGUGAUAACAGAGACAGCAUGAUUCAAGAUGAAGAUGACUAUGAUGACGUUCAACCAAUAACUGAGGAUUUCCCCCCACCACCACCUGAAAUCAGCUUAGAUUCCAAAGCUGAGAAGGAGCUAAGAAAAAAAUUCAAGUAUGAAGGGCCCCUCAGUGUUCUGCACACCAUGAUGGUGGAUCCUAACGGCGUCAUUAAGAGGCCAGGAGGGAAGGAUCUGCAUGUGUGUCAGGGAGAAGUCCUGGAUGUGAUCCAUCUCAUCAACAGCAAGAAAGCUCUGUGUCGAAACAGUUUUGGAAAAUAUGGUUAUGUGUGCAGAUCUCUUCUUCUUCCAAUGGAAGGUGACAUAUAUGACGAUGUUGACUAUCCAAGCGAUGUCUAUGACAACGAUUCUCCAACAUACUGAUUAUUAAAACAUUUCAAAACACACACACACACACACACACAAACACACACUCAAACCCUGUGCAGAGACCUGUCAACAUGCCAUUGUUUGUCAAACUGCUUGUAUAGAAAAUGAAUACACUAUCAGUGUGGCUUUGUGUAUUGCUUGAUCUCUGAAAUAACUAAGUAAAUAAAAUAAAUUUUUCACUGUUAA